CUAGCACAGAGACUGCCUAGAUAUAUUGCGCCGGAAUUUGAUGAACAGUUUUUUGUCUGGAAUCAAAUAUUCUGGAUAUGAUUGGAUAGUUAAACUUAGUGUACGCGCAUCACACAUCGUACAGUAGUAUUCCAAAGCUAUGGAAGCCAGCGAGAAUUCCUGUGGCAUGUUUAAUUAAGUUGAUAGGUUAGGAUUGAGAGGAUAGCAAACUAGACCCACAGGUGUGUGCUUCAGUGAGGAAGGAGAGACCCCUCCACACACACAUACACAUUUAUAUAUAUGCCUUCCUCGAUGAACAAAAGCAAUUUUGUUCCGAAAUCUGAAGUGUUCGUGAUUAGAAGGAGAUGAAAUUAUUCAACUGCCCAUCGUCCCUGCGAUAGACAUUCUGGGUUGGAUUUAUUUUCGGAGGUUGUGUAAAAUUGAUACUCGUUUCUGGAAACUUUUGCAAAAGGUUUACAUACUUUUAAUAGGAAUGAUGAGAUUUAGCCGAGCAGGGCCUACUUAUCUGACAAGCGGCAAAGCCCCCAGGUACAUCUCCAAACUUCGGUGUUCCAUCGUUUCGGAUGAGAGAUGCAUUCCUUCACCACAGACACUUCAGCGCCUAAUCUAUUUGUUUUAGAAUAUGGUUGAACAGCAUUUCUAGAAAUACGACUUGUGGAAUUCACCAGCUGAUGCUGUAGUUGCGGAGGUAGAAAAUGUGUAUUGAAACAUAUUUAGGACUCAAGCAUCCGAACACAGAUAGAGCUGGUAUUUUUGGAACCCAUUCAAACUCAUUCUGCAACCUACAUUUCUUUGAAAUCCUGAAAUCCAAGGGAUGAAGUGUAUCAUAUCUGCUCCGGUGGCUGCAAGUCCGGGUCUUAAACAAGCUUAGUAAACUGUUGAAACUAGUAGUACAGGAGACAGGGGUUUGUCGGGAAACUACCUCGUUGCUAUUUUUUUUACCUGAAUUAUAAAAGUUUUCUAUCAAGAAUAACAACCAAGCACCGAUCAUUGUGUACAUGGAUUUAAAAUGACGUUAUUUGAUUGUUUUCUCUAAACAAUUUAUCUGUUUAAGUGAAAUAAAGAUUUUCUCACCAAGUGAAGUUAGCUGAAUUCUGAGAAAAAGUUUUGAUACAGAAACAAAAGUUACAUAUGUAAAUUGAUAUAGUUUUUCUUCGGAAAAUUAUCGUGUAAUAAAAAAUUUGAAAUUGGAUGAAUAAGCUGUUGUCAAGGUUGGGAAGUGAAAAGUGAGAGCCAUAUUCUACAUCACAGGUUCGGGAGAAUAUCCAGGACAAUAAGUGGAGUAUUGACAUUUACGAACGAAUUUACUGGCCGAUUGUCCCAGCAAAUGGGUCCACUCACGACGAUUAUGGAGCAGAUUUUGUGAAAUUUAAAAGAAAAUUAUUUGUGAAAUUGACAUUUGGAAAUGGAAAUUAAAAAGAGGGCACCCUGGGACAUGUAUACACAGCUGUGGUGGUGACGGAGUUGUGGGUUUGACACGCCACCGUAGUACAACUCCAGGAUGACUAGCUCUAGUAGUAGGACUGUAUGAUUUUACACAUACUGCUGGGUUUAUUAUGUAAAGUAAGUUUUUUCACCCAUAACAAUGGAUUUUUCUAUGAACAGUAUUAUAAAAAUGUGUGGAGAUAUGUGUGCUAUGGUGAAAAAUUCAUUGUGGAGAUUUCGGUGUAAAUACAUGACGUUAUGAGGUGUAAAAACAAAAAUGAUGAAAAACAAAGUGGAUUUUUAUACUGAAGUCUGCACAAAUUAAUUUUGUAAUAAUUCCUAGAGACAGGAAUUUUAUUUAUUUAUUUUGCCACUGGAAACGGUGAAAUUUGGUUUGUCGUCACAAUUAAUGGAGAAAAAGAAAACAUUGAGUGGGCCUAAAAAGGCUAUUAAAUCCAUGCGAGAACUUUUUUCCGGGAGUAAGAGUUACGGUGGGUUUGAGUUUGUGUGUCCUAGCGCCUCUAAAGGACAAGGAGACAACACGGACAUGUGCUGGUUCGCGGCGGAAGGUGCCCUUUCGGACCUGUCAAAGGUUACCUCCCUUUCACAGGUGUCGUCGCUCUGUACCCUACCAAAGACUAAUAUCAAAAAGAAGAAAAAGUCUCUAAUACCAGAAUGGCUAACUAUGGCGAGAUCUACAAAUCGAGCAAGCUUAAAAGAAAAACUUCAAGAAGAGUUUCUGUCGUGUAAAAUUUGCCUGGAGCCUUUCAUUAAGCCUAAGGCUCUACCUUGCCUGCACAGCUUUUGUGAGCACUGUUUGAGGGACUAUGUUCGCAGGCAUCCGGGGGAGAAGCCGGGACACUUCCCCUGCCCCAUGUGCCGUAAGGACACGCCCAUACCUCUCCGAGGAAUUUGUGACUUUCAGGACAACUUCCUGUUGUUGAGUUUGUCGGAUACGCUCGACGAAGACAACAAUGACGAUAACAGUGAACACUGGAACAACAUCACUAAUUCGCCAUCGAGUGGAUUUUUAAGUGUUAAUCAGAAUCACCAGGUGUCGCCACCGAGGACAUUAGCGCCACCUACCCCACAGGAAACGUUUCUAAGGGGUUUAGAGUGGUAUUUUGGUAAGGUGAGUCGACAUGCCUCUGAAGACUGGCUUCUCUCCCCUGGAUACCCAAAAGGAACAUUCCUUGUCAGACAAGGCGAGGCAGCCCCUGACACCUUUACUCUCUCUGUACGCGACUGUGAUGAACUUCGUGGCUAUUUAGUCAAACAUUAUAAAAUUUACACCCAGCGGUCUAAUGAUCUAAGGGGCGAGGAUUACUACUUUAUUACUCCGAAGAGGAUGUUUAGUUCACUUAGUGACCUUGUCAGUCACUACUCUGAAUCAGCAGAUGGGCUAUGUUGUAAGCUAGCUCAAACCUGCAACAAACCCAGAUCACUCCUGUGGGCCUUCGAAAGGGGCAAGCAAGAUGACUACGCUACGGCACGGGAGUCCAUUUUACUGAUAAAAAAGCUAGGCAGUGGCCAAUUUGGUGAAGUGUGGUUAGGAACAUGGCACAGUAGUCGACAGGUGGCAAUAAAAAUGCAGAAAAAGGAUUCAGUUUCCACAGCGGCCUUUCUGGACGAGGGGCAGAUCCUGAAAACGCUGGAGCACCCAAAUAUCAUCAAACUCCUUGGAAUCUCGAACGAGAUUGAGCCUAUAUACCUUAUCACAGAAUAUAUGUUGAACGGUCGCCUGUCAAUGCACCUACGAGAAGGGCAAGGUCGCAACCUUGGAGUCACGCAGCUUCUGUGGAUAGCAACACAGAUUGCCGAUGGCAUGACGUACAUGGAGAAAGAGAAGUUUGUUCAUCGGAAUCUCGGUGCGAGGAACAUACUCGUGGGCGAAAUGAAUGUGGUGAAAAUUGCUGGCUUCGGGAUGACCAAACUUGUAGAUGAUCCGGACUUCAACUUCAGAAGAGGGCUGAAAAUGGCCAUCAAAUGGAUGGCACCAGAGGUCCUUAUGUGCAACAAAUACAGCACGAAGGCCGAUGUGUGGUCGUUUGGAAUAGUGCUAAUUGAAAUAUUCUCCUACGGCAAGGAGCCGUACGAAGGUUUAGGGAGUAAGGAAGCGUUUGACAACGUGCAGCAGGGCUAUCGAAUACCUCGUCCGGAGGCGUGCCCCGCAGCAGUCUACGACGUCAUAUUACAGUGUUGGAAUGCAAACCCUCCUUCGCGACCUUCAUUUGACUUUUUGAACACUUUUUUACACGAUGCGCAAUCAUCAUGACCUGAAGAAAGAGACUUGUCUUGUGUGAGAUAAACAAAGGUUUUGAGCAGAAACAGGGCAUUUUCAAACACUUCAUCUUGUGCUACACAUUCUAGGAUAUAUGUAAUAAACUUGCUGAGGUUUCUGACGGAACAUGGAACGACUGCCAAGACAGAUGCACUUUUAAAAUGUUACGAAAACCAUUGGAGAUGGGUUCUUUGUGCAGGACCUUUUUCGUGUCGAAAAAACACAGGAAAAGGUUUCUCUGUGCCGUACUUUGUAUGCUGUAUGCUGCCUGGAAAAUAUUUCACGACGAUCAUGGAUGGCCUCAAGGCUGUAAUACUACACAAACAGAAUUCAAAGUGCAAUGGAUUAAUUAGUUGAUGACAAUGCUUUAAACAGUUUGUUAUAUCGUAGAUUUAAAUAUAUCAAAUAGAUGGAAAUUGUGUUCAGACAAACCCUGUAUCGGUGUAAGUGACGGGAUAUUUCAGGGUUUGGACAUUCAUCAUCAUAUAUCAUGUAUCCAUUUCACAGACAGUUUUCUCACAUUACUCUCCACCACACACCUUGAAUCAGAUCUUCUGAGACGGGAAAGAAAUUAAUGAUAUAUAAAAUUGUUCUUCGCAAGUAUUUUAUUCAGUCUCAAAAGUGUUGGGGUUUUUUGCCUGGAAGGUUGUUUGCAAACUUUUUCGCAACCGGAUGUUUGUGAAAUUUUAAAAAUUGUCAUUUUUGUUUUAAUUGACUUGUACAUUAUCAAAGCUAACCACUUGACAAACACGAAUCUCUUGCAGAAUGCAUGCAAUUUUCAGUAGUGAAGCAAUUAAAUUGAGAGAGAAAAACAGUUUUUUUAGCCAUAAAUCUGGAUUUUUAAGAAUUUAGAUUCAUAUUUCAUAGACGUACCCAAAUAAAGGCACCAUGUUUUGUAUUAAAUGGCUGUUAACGUCACAUUUCACAAGGGUUGCGUAAGGUAUGGUAGAUUUGAUGUUUUACACGUGUAGCAUACAGAUUAUAUACCUCUAUCGGCUAUUUCAAGCCAAUCGGGCAAUUUUAUAUCGUCAUAUAGUUUUUUAAAUGUAAAACAUGCUUAUGGAAUAACUCACCAUUCACCAUCAUCUAAAUGUUUUGACCUGGCUUUGUUUUGCUAUUUUAGAAUUCCUAUUCAUCUUGAGCUAAUCCAUUUCAAAAUAGUUAGUUUUAAAAACAAUUGCAUCAACUUGUUUAUCUUGAAAUAAAUUGGAAAUGAGUUACCUCCCUUCAACCCUUGCAGAAACUCAUUACCAGCUGUUUGUUCUUACAUUGUUAAUCAAUUCAAAAAAUUGCUGCUGGAGGGUUAAAUUUGCCCACUUUCUGUUUCUUUGCAAAAUUUUAUUUUACAAAUUGGUCAGUAAUCCAUGUACUUUAUAAGUUACAUAGCAAAUAAGAUAAAAAAAAAAAAAAAAAAAAAAAAAAAAAAAAAAAAGUUAAUCAGAAAUGAAAAUAAAAUGGCCACUUUAUUGAUGUCAUGUUCUACAAUGUUUUUAUAAACAUUAUUUCAUGUUUAUUUUAACAUAUGAAGUGAUGCUCUAAAAGUAUGCAAAUGUGAGAUUAUCUUUUAUGUAGAAACAUGAUUUUUUUUUUUAUAUAAACUUUAAAAUCGUAUUUCUCACUGUUUCAAUACAUUGACUGUUUCAGGUUUUAAAAUGUAAAAUUUCAACUCCACAAUUGCUUGGCUUUAUUGAAGUUUAGAGAACUAACUGGAGGAUUUGGUACCUGUCUCUGUGCUAAAGACAUUGCUGCCAGUGUUUUGUGUUUUAAUUUCUUGUUUGAAUUGAAUUGAAUCCAAAUGUGUUCAUGGUCGGAUGCCUCCUCCUUAUAUCUUACCAUGUAUUUUAGCAUGGCUUAAAUUAUCAUUAAUCGAAUAUAUAUAGCAAUUAAUUUGACUGGUUCAAUGAUUUUUCCCCCGUGAUGUUACAUAUGUUUCGAUUGGUUAAAGUUGCUGCUAAUAUGAACUAGGUAAAAUGAUUAAAAAAAGUGUCUCUUGAUUGAUGUGUAAUAACUUUCGAUUGUGUUGAUUAUAUAAUUCACCCCUGAAGACACAUUUUGAACUCUUCCAAUUCAAAAGUUGGAAUAGUUCAUUAUGAAAUUUCAGGGGUGAAAGAGUUAACUCAUUCACCCCUACAUAUCUAAACUUGAUUUUCCCAGUCUUGGAUUUAGUAAGGUUCAAAAGUGACUGUAGGGGCGAAUGGGUUAAAAUCCUCCUGUGACAGAUGGCUCAGUAGCCUUCAUACUAGACAGUACAAAGCUAGUUUUGCCCCAGUUGAUGAGCCUAGGACCGGUCACCAAUGUGAACAGUGUUUAUGUGUUGACAGAUAGAGGUUGAGGUGUGUUAAACAUUGUAGUAUAUUUUUUGUACAAAUGUAAAUAAUAUACCUGGACUCACCCAAUUGCUUUUUUUUUUUUUUUAAUUAAUUUUCUUAAUUCUAAUGUUAUUCUUCUGUUUGACAAGAUGUACAAAUUAUAAUGUAAAUUAAUUAAUUUUUAACGGGUUUGCCUCACUUUGGGAUCAAAUAUACCAUAAUGAUUUUAAAAAUCCUUUUAGAACUGUCGACAUUUCCGCCCAAGUUUUUUUUAUACUGAACAUGUUCUACAAUGGGCGUCGAUUACGUUCCCCAGAUUUUUCUCUCUUUUUUGAGGGAAACUAAAUUUUCCAUGAUGCAUUUGAUCUUAAAGUUGAUGAUUGUCCCAUAAGUUCACGCCAGCAGGUAGCUAGGAAAGUAUAAAAUGACUUAUAUAAUUUAUAUGAAAAAUAGGAUUUGCCAAAUGUAUGACUUUGUUGAUGAACUAAAAGUACUGAUAACAGUUUUCAUCCUGUAAAUAUUUCUGGAUUGAACCAGGUAGACAUGUAUGGUAUGCCCUUCAUAGAGGGUAUUUUCUGAAGUCUUUAAAAAGGCAAAGUAAGCGGCUAGUUGAAUUAUAGAUCCAUCGGCAUGUCGGUUGUAGCAUAUUUAUUCUUUUUUGAGAAAUAGUGAAAUUAUGUACGACAUAACAAAUUUGUAGUGUCAGCGGUAACACAGCGCAAGAUACUAGUGUAACUUACAGUAUGAUGGGCAUAAGAAGUGAUACAUGUGUAAACAAAAUGCUUUGUGUUCUGUUUAAUACUGUAAACUUGAUCAAUUAAAUGCAUGUUUAGUUUUGAAAUUGGAAGGAAACAAAUUUGUAUUAUUCUUUUAUUAAUUAAUGAGGUGGGUGAGUCACUUUAAAAAUAGACAACCAGUUCUGCCUAAACGAUAAUGCCCAAGGUCUCCAUAAUCUGCGGAAAAUGUAAAGGUGCUAGCAUCACAAUACAAAUGUUUUGUAUUAAUUAACUCAUUCACCCCUGAAGACACAUUUGAACUCUCCCAAUUCAAACGUUGUAACAGUUCAUUAUGAAACUUCAGGGGUGAAUGACUUAAAGGAGUUAUUUUGGAAGUUCCGUUUUCUUUUUAAAGAUAAGUUGUUACAGUUCAUUGAAAUCUAACACAUGUUCCUAGUGCUCAUUUAAAGCUUUAAAUUCUGAAAAGGAAAUGCUGUUGAAUUUUAUUUUGUUGUUUGAACUAUGAGUAUGAAAGUGACUGGCAUCGCUGUAUUAUGUAUUUAUAAUAUUAGACUAUGAAUUGACAAAAUUUAUAUAAAUUACUAUCAUAUGCAUGCUAUACCAGCAAUAAGAAAUUCAAUUAUAUAUAUACUUCAUUUCAUUUUCAUUUUUUUUUUUUUUUAAUUAACGUCGGUUGUUUGAUGUGGAUACUUGUUGACCGUGUAAAGAAAUUGUGAUGGUUACGAAUUAUAAUCCAGAAUGUUUGAUCAUAUCCUGGGGGUCUCGCCUCGUCAUCGAGGUAAUUGUUUACUGCCCUGUAGAUAUUGGCAGACGACUGUACAUACUUGAAGUGUAAUCUUUAUAAUGAUACUAAUUUAUGGUAAAAUCACCUUCAUAUCCUUAUAAUCAUCUUCAUUGCUGAAGUGUUAAUUCUACAUCGUCACAUCACAAUCUUGUAUUUGACUCAUUCACCCCUGAAAUUUCAUAAUGAACUAUUCCAACCUUUGAAUUGGAAGAGUUCAAAUGUGUCUUCAGGGGUGAAUGAGUUAAAAAUAAAACCUGGUAUAAACGUUCGGAAUGUCACAAGCUCUUUGAGUUUAUAUAUAGACAAAGAGAUAUAUUUUUCUGUGUACAUACAGAUUAUCUAUGUAAAUAGGUUUUUUUCCCCACAGAAAGUAGCGAAUGAAAUGAAUUCUCAAAUAUGACUGCUGCCCAGUACUGGUUUUCUUACUUACAGGAAUUGUAAUUCAAGGGAUUAGUGUAAAUUAGUAUUGCAACUGGUGUAUCUUUUACUGAACCAAUUAUCCAAUGUUUUACGAGACUCUCUCAUGUUGCAUCACUUUCAGCUUUAGUGUUCAGAAGAAUUUUACACAUAUUUUGUCUAUGAUGUCUCCUCCAUGACUGUAUUUAUAAUAAGCCAAUCCAAUUUUGUUCAGUGAAUUGCACAGAAAUAUCUUUUUCUGUGUAUACAACAAAUAUUUUAAUACCAGGACAAGCCAAAAAUCCAUCCCCUUCUUCGGGCCAGGCUCCUCAGACUUAAAAAGAUAAAAUAUGGUAUUUAAAAUUUAAUACCAUCAUGUGUAAUCUUAGUUGAUGAUUUUCUUAUUAAUAAUAAUUAAUAGUAAUAAUUUGCAGUUAUUAUAUUAUAUACCGCUUUAUCACAACCUAGAUCUUAGGUCGUCUGAAAGCGGUUCACAAAUUAUUAUCUGUGGUUAUUGGUCUUUCUUCAUAACACUUUGCACAAAGAAUGCAGAACUGUUGAUUUAGAAAUAUUUGUUUGCAUAAAUUAAUCUCCAUGAUCGUUCAUGUCUACAAUUGAAAAUGAAAAAUCCCUCAAAAUUGUUGUACAUCAUGUGUUUAUACAUUGUAUUCAUGUGUUGGCGCAAAGGUUGACAAUAAAUUUUCAUAAAAUUAUUCUAGUUCCUUUUAUAGACCAGAUUACAGCAAUUAUAACUUAGAUAAUCUAGAUGCCACAAAUAUUUGUAUUUCAAUAGAGAGUAGAUUACAUUCCUUCACUAAAUAUUGGAUGCAUGUUGUAUUUAAACACAUUCACCCCUGAAGACGCAUUUAAACUCUUCCAAUUCAAAGGUUGGAAUAGUUAAUUAUGAAAUUUCAGGGGUGAAUGAGUUAAAGUCAGUUGAACCUUAGAACAGAUUUUGCUUACAUUUCCUAUCGAGAGUUAUUUGUUACGGCAUACAAUUUUGUGUCAGUUUCAUCCAAUAUGCAUUAUUUAUGUAAUGGUUGACAUGAACAACUAGAUCUUUCAUAUAUACCAGGCAUACUUGUGUAAAGUCAUCAUUUCAUUUUAUCCAGUAUCGAUUCAACAUUUCAUUUAAAUACAGCACCUUCAUCCUAGUGGCCGUUCUAUUGUACAUACAGAGAUGUCACAAAGGGAGAUAACUGUUGAAUGUAUUUUUUUGUCACAAACUUUGGUCAUGGCAGUCGUAUCUCGUGCUAAAUAUGUUGAAUAUUAUUAUUAUUAUACCAUUAUAUCCACCUUUGUCCGGUUCUUGGUUGCAUACUUAAGUCUUGCUGCAAAAGGUUGAUUGUGCCAUUUUUGUAGUGCUGAUCUACCAAUGAAAAUGCUCAUUACAUAAUAUUGGAGAAUGCUUGUAUUGGUCAGUAACGAUUGAUUUGAUUGGAGCAGAGUGUUUACAAUUCAUUGCUCUGUGUGGAACAGAAGGAAAAUAAAUAUGUUUUAAAAAAAA